CAUGAAUAUCACUGUAUAUUCCAUCUAAUAUGGUCUAAGCUUUUUCAUUUCGAGUAUAAAAAGGCCAAUUACAGCUAUAAUUUAAACAAGACUGACUCAAAGGUCCAAAAUGAACUCCUUCGCAUGACGCCGGCAUAACUAGGCGGGGUGAUUAUUCAAAACAAAUUAUAGAGUCCCAAGUCUAAACCGUCUGUAUGACCAAAGAGUACCCACUCUUUGGUAUGACCCAAGGUUCCAAGGAAUAUUUGUACAAAAAAAUCAGAAUUGUAAGCGUAUAUCAACUUUCGAACUUCUAGAUUUUACUGUUAGUUUGACAGUUAACAUUCAAAAUGUCUAAAAAAUCUUUGCUACACAAAAGUUCAUCGAAGAGCAACUCACAUUCGGUUCGAAAAGAACGAUCUUCACUCAUCAAAGAAAAAAAGCAAUUUAUCUCGGAACUGAAUUUUGAAGAAUCAUUAAAACCAUAUUGGAAACAAUUUUGUGGCACAAAUUUCCCAAAACUUAAACUUUUAAUCGCCGAACAACCAAUUGGGAUUUUCUCUAGUUACGAAAAGAAGGUGCAAGUAAAAGUAGACGAACCCGAGAUAAUGUUAAUAUUUAACGAGUUGCAAGCCGUUUUAAACUGCAUAAUUUUCAAAAAUGUGAUUGUAAAUAGAGGACUUUUAAUAUCCCUAAGGAAAAUUUUGCACGGGUUCGAUGUGCUCCGGACAUUAAAAUUGGAGUAUUGUGGUUUGAAGAAUACUGAUAUUAGAACCGUCAAAACUAUCGUGCAAAGUUACCCUAACAUUCAGACUCUAAGCGUGAAUGGAAACCCAAAUCCAUUUCAAAAUUUCUACAUAUUAAUCAAAGAUACGCAUUUACUCUAUUUAUCAGCAAGAUUUUGUCAAAUUAAUGACAGAGGCACGAAACUGAUAGCAAACCAACUGAAACUGCCAUACGAUCACCCCCUGCGCGCUAUCGAUCUGUCUAGCAAUUUUAUAUCUGACACGGGUGCUGAGUUUCUAUCUGAAGUGUUGCGUGUCAACCGAACUUUAUUGUCUUUAAAUUUAGCUGAUAAUUGGAUCACAGACGCUGGUGUACACUCGGUGGUUAAUAUAUUAGGGAAGUUUAUUCUUACACCGGACGAAUGUGUUAUAAGAAGGCGAGGAGUACUAAAUUAUUUAAGGGAUAAAGCUAAAACGAGCGAACCACAUGAAGGAAAUGGACAAAGUUCCAGUAGCCUAUUUCAGAAAUCCUGUUCCGAAACGUUGAAACCUGAAAAAGAGAUACAUAAAAAAAUAAGCAGAGCUCACUCGUUACCUUCAUCGGGAAAGAAAGAGUCGAAACUGUCACAAACAAAAAGAUUAUCAUUGAGUACUGAAAAGUUGGCUUGGAGUGCUUCCGAAGUAUCUAUAAAACUGGAUCCGCAUCCAUUUGUGAAAGACACAUAUAGUGAAGGACAAGAAAUUUGGUGCACUGGAAAUUUGGCACUUGCACAUUUAAAUAUAUCAUGUAAGCAAAUUAGAGUAUGGUUGUUCAGAAAACGUAGGAUUACAUAUAUACCUACAGGUUACGACAGUUUUAUUAAUUAUCUCAAAAAUUUGGUACGUCUUCACAAGUUCCAAUAAAGAAUAAAUUGUCAUUUCUUCUUUAGCUUUUUUGUAUCAGUAACCAUAAC